AUGUACGGCCGAUAUAACUAUAACUACCGACAGCCUAGCCAUCAGCCGUACAAUCAAUUCAAUUAUAAGACAUACAAUCAAACUAAUGGCGCACCGGGUGGUCAGCCAUACAACCGGACUAGGCUUCGGUCGCCAUACCAGUCCAUUCCGGGCACGUAUGGCACCAACUCAUACAAUACUCAACAGUACUUCUCUGGCAAACGAUACAACGCUCAACAGAUCUACGGCUCGUAUUUAUCUACCGGCGCUUACCUCUACUACUCGGGCACGUGUGCCAAGCACUACAAACGGACGCCAGAGAUCACGCAACAGGACAUGGAGUCGGCCUUCGACUACGCCCACCAUCAGCUCCGGGACUACGACCGGCUGUACGGCAACUACUCGAUGUUCACAAACCAAAUGCCGCCCCUCAGGCUCAAGGAAAAAGAGGCCACACUUAUGGAAUACGUAACCGAAUAUAUGGCUAAAUACAAAUGUUUGAGUAAAUACCAGACGACGACUUUCCUGUCGGAGGUGAACAUCGGUCAGCAGUACUUCCGUAACAAAUACGGGGACACCAGCUGUUACUCGAGUUAUGGUGGACACGGAUACAACCUGGAGUGCCCCCAGUUUAACAGCAAGUACCGCACGAUAGACGGCAGUUGUAACAACAGACGGCACCCGUAUUGGGGAAAGUCGUACGUCUGUCACCUGAGACUACUGCCGCCCGACUACGCCGACGGCUUUCAGGCGCCCCGACUGGCCCACGACGGCUCGCAGCUGCCCAGCCCUCGCACCCUCAUAAACAUAAUGACCUCCGAUCAGCCGUUUGAGUCGUUUUACACGCACAUGAAGAUGGCUUUUGGACAGUUCGUCAAUCACGACAUAACCCAUACCCCGGUGUUCUUCAGCUACGCCCUGUCCGGUAGUUAUAGCGCGCCCACCGAUUGCUGCCGUAACCCAAACACCCGCCAGUGUCUGCCCAUCCGCAUAGAGCCCACGCCUUACGACUAUCAGUACAGAAAGUUUAACAACACGUGCCUUAACUUCAUUCGCUCGGCUCCCUGUCCUCUCUGCGAACUCGGGCCGAGACAACAGUCCAAUAUCGCCACCUCCUUCUUAGACGCCGGCACUGUUUACGGAAACACCGGCAACGAGUCGACGCCCCUCCGGACCUUUAAAUUCGGUUUACUUAAGACGGGUCGGGACCGGUACGGAAAGCCUAUCCUGCCCACAACGCCCGCCCCCUGGAAUAACGAGUGCAGCCCUCCCUCGGCCGGUAUGCAGUGUUUCUUUGCGGGUGACGCCCGCUGUAAUCAACACCCGUCCCUCAUGUCGAUGCACCUGAUGUUCGUGCGCCGGCACAACCAGAUCGCCACCUCCUUGCGUGUGGUGAACCCGCACUGGAAUGAUGAGACCCUC